CGACCUUGAUAGACGUCUCCAGCGGUUUAGAAACACUUACUACUUAGUAGUAAGAAAGAAAAUUCCCAACACAAAACCCAAAAUAAAAUCCGCAGUCGCGAAAUCCGCCGCUAUCUUCGCUUUCUUUGCGGCCAAACAAAGAAGGAAAAGAAAAACAAAAGAAACCGAAACGAAACGAAACGAACGAAACGCUACGAAUUUUCUAAAAACAAUAACACUUAUCGCGGCUCUGAUUGUUUCUGUGUUGUGUUUUGUGUGUUGGCACGAGAUGAAGAUGUUUCAAAAAUGCUGAAAAACGUGCAAAAAAUGUUGCCAAAGAAAUGUGUGAAAAUGCCAGCAAAGUGAAGUUAAGCAAGUUAAAGGCAAAACAGCAACACAAAAAAAAAAAAGAAACCGCUUAAGUUUAUGUGUGAAAAGCAAUCCUGGGAGGUGCAUCUUGUCGGGAAAAUUAACGGCCAAGGGUGUUAAUUUAUUCAACAAUUUCCAACGGGCUCUGCUUUAGCAGCUGCACCGUAGAAUCCCCCAGAGUGCGUUGCAUCCCGCUAUGGUGCUGUUAAGAUGCGGCUCCAAUCCUUACCGCUGCUCCUUCAGCUCAUUUUCAUCCUCUUCCCGCCUGUCACGCCCACUUCGGCGCCCCGACCGCCCACCCAUCCGAGGGUGAGGAGCCACUAUACUGCCACCGCCAGCGAAGAUAACAUCGAGGAUCCACUCAUGCCGGCCAGUUUGCUGCUGGAGGAACUGCAGCAGACCAACGGGCAACUCAUCAAUCUGACACGACAUCACGAUGGCGAUACCUUCCACACGAGCGGCCUGAGCAGCGCCUGCAAUGCGGACACCUGCAUCGGACUCUCGAGCGGCACAGCUUCGCUGGUGCGCCAGUCCGGCGAUGGAAGCGGUCAAGUUGGCCAGGAUGGACUCAAUCCGGCGGCCUCAUCUUUGGCCGGCGGUCAAAUGGAGCUCCUGACCCGCCGUCUUAAAAUGCAAAAAGGUCGGGGUCAACUGGAAAACUCCCAUUCGAAUGGCGAACCGGGAUGCACAUGCAAAUGUCUUUCAUAUCAGAGGGCCUAUCGUGAGGAUCUGGGUAUCUGCGUGGACGACAUCCAUGAGUGCUCCCUGUCGCCCUUUGUGAGUGGUUCCUCAUCGGAAAAGAUCCCAUUUGUCUUCCUGCCACUUAAAGGGCAGAUCAUCUAUCCCAGCAGGGAGAUCAGCUUUGCCAGCAUUCACACACCCGUUUGCGCUGUAACCGGAGCUCAGUACCUGGGUUCCAAUGGCUGGUCGGACCUGCGAAAUCCCAUCGAUACGGAUUAUCCGUUCCGAAUGUUCCGGGACGAGGGACGCAGCUUCCUGUUGUGGCUGGGUGAGGCUGAUCUUCGCCAGAAGAUGCAGGGUCGUAUGAUAGUGGUGCAUCUGGUGUGCCGAGAUAUGACGGUGGCCAUGAAUGCCAGUAGUCAUGUCAAAGGUGAACCCCUAAUGCCGCCCAGAAAUGUGCACUCACCUUGUGUUGCCUUCCGUGUGAACGGUAGUCCCGUGAAGUAUGCCCACAAUGUUCCCGAGGUCUUCUUCCAGCCGGCCAAUUCCACAACGCUGGCCUCCACUUCCGAUGGCAUGACCAUGCGGGAAUACGUGGUAAUUGGGAUCUGCAGUCUUCUCCUGGGUCUCAUCUAUGUGGCCUCGGUGUUCCUCUAUCUUUACAUGAAGAAACGCAAGCGUCAUAGCUCUCGUCAUUCGUUGGACAACCUGACCAAUGACAUUAACUAUCCCAAGAACGAUCAGGUCACCUAUGGAGCACCUUUUAGUCGAGUGGGCAGCAUCUACUCAUCGAACAGCAUGGGUCUGGGCAAUGGCAAUGAUUCCAACACCCGCACCAGUAUCGGCAGUCUUAAAGAGGACAUGGGAAUCGUGAAAAAUAACCCCCUGCUGCAACAUUUUCCACAACUGAGUGAAAGGGAGCAUAAUUCCGGUUUCGCCAGCGAUAUAUCUAACUCCAAUUCGGAAUGUGAAAUGGAGGAGAAGAUCAAGACAUCUGUUCUGGUGCAUCCCCAGUUGAGUAAAUCACCUAAACCAGCGGGUGGAACGGAUAAUGCCGCCAUGGAUGUGGAUGACUUUCUGCAGGACAAUGAGUGCCUGCCCGCCGAGAAUGUGGCCGUAAUUGAUGAGCUCAUGAGCGAGGAAAAACUGGAGAACCUGCGUGCCAUGGUCAGUGGCAAUGUGCGCAAGAAGCUCUACUUCAAUCCGGCUUAUUUCGAGCCUCAUCUACUGGCGGAACCCCCUCAAGCUGCCAUUGAGUUUCUGCAGAAGAUCCGCGAGGUCAUCGCAAUUGCCAAGUACAAGAUGGCUUCGAAGCGCUACCAGCCCUCGCUGAACAUUAUUCCCGAGGAGCUGCAGCCGGAUUCGAACUCCAGUUCACCCACCAUGUUCAACAUUCCGCUGCAACAGAAUUUAUCCGCCAAGGGAAUGGGUGACAAGCGGAAUAGCAUUGAACAGUGGCUCCAAAGUGUGCCUAAUUCAGAUGCGAGUCCGUCGCAGAAGACCCUCGAUAGACAAGGUCAAGUCCCAACCACAAAGAAGGGUUCGGGAUCACCCAGCAAGGGUUCAUUGCGGAAAAAGGAGAUAACAGCACCCAAGGAGCGACCACCACCACCGCCGAUGCAGAAAUCGAAAUUGGAAGAGGCUUCGGUAAAGUCCUCGUCACCAACAACGGCUCCUGGUUCACAAUCCAGCCGAAGUCCCGGUAAAAAUAGUCCGGAACAAAUGCCCAAGCCCAAGACUCCGGUGGGCAACAGCACCUAUGACGGUUUCUCUGCCUUUUCCGUGGCCGCCAAUGUCUACGGAUUUGCCGAGACCGGUGGGGAGAUCUACAAUAAUCCCAAGUUCAUGUUGGCCGAUUCUCCGGCCGCCUCGUUGCGCAGCACCUCCAGUCGCUCCAAAUCGCUGAGAAAACGUAGUGAGGUAUUGGAUCAGUUUGCCGCCGCCAAUUCCACGCCCACAUCCCUAACCUCCUUCGAUCGACAGCACUAUAAUAUGCUGCGCAAUAUGAAACCGGCGGAGGUUAUAUAUGAUUCGCUGAAACGCGAAUAUGCAGCUCAUAUUCCCACGCCCGAUUAUGAUAGCACCAUAGAGAAGAGGAUCAAGGAUAUCUAUAGUAGCACGCAGAGUAGCAUUCCAUCGGUACCAACGCCGGAUUACAGCUCGCUCAGUCGCAAAUCCUUGAAACAGUUCCAGCCAGAUUCACCGAUUUACAGGCGAAAGUCGCCGCAAUAUCUGAUUGUGGACUACGAGACGGAUAGCUUGGAACGGCUGGAGCCCAGCAAACGCAAGAGUUCGCACUCCUCCAGUUCACCAUCCUCGGAUGUGAGCUCCCAACUGAGUCCCAGUCUGAGUACAGCAUUGCCUCUUGAGGAGGAAAUGGAGAUCAGUCAUACGGUCUACGAUCGCCUCGACGGAUUUCGCAAGGAGGGUGAGAUGAAGAAGCGUCUGGCUGCCAAGCACCAGCAUCCACAUCCUGGCCAGCAGCAGAGGCAGAAGGAGGUGGCCGCCCGGAUCAAAUACGACACGCCCUUUCGGGGCAGCAUGACCAUUGAGGUGGAGCACGAGCCACCCUCCGAUCUGGAGCGCACGGAUAGCGAUCAAUUCGAGCCGGAUACCCUGGAUCGCAAGCCCAAGAAGCAGAGCUUUUGCGACAUAUCCGCUUGGGAUGGCCAUAAGCAAAUGGAUGCGGACUUCAGUCAGAUCAAUUCUCUGCCGGAUCUGAGUCGCCAGAUGAGUCCUGCCCCCAGUCAGGCCAUCAAGCCAAGGACCGCCUCCUUUAUCCUGCGAUCCAGUAACUCGUUUAGAAAUCUGAGAGAGAUCUACGAGUCACCUCUGGUUGCCCAGGAGAACAGCAAGUAUGAGAAGAAAGUGGAGAGGACGCCGGAGGAGGAGGGUAGGAUCCUCACGCUGGAGGCCAAGCACUCACGUCGUCAGCGUUUGAUGGAGACCUCACCCACCCACUCAGUGGUGGACAUCACAAAGGUGAACAAGACCACCAUCACGAUUUCAUCACCCAAGGCGGAGGAGAAACCUCCUCCUUUGCGGCCAAAGGUCAAUCAACACUACUGCCCCCCUUUGGUGCAAGGCAAACGCCCACUGCCACCACCUCCGCCGCCGAACUUAUCACCGGAGAGCCAGGCACCCGAUGAAGAUGCCUACAGUCUGCACAGCGAGAUCACCGAGGUCACUGGGAUCUCGGAGUUCGAGAACUCGUGCAACAACACCAUGUCCAGUGCUAUAUCGGCCACCACCGAGGAGAGAACUCACACAAAGGGUUCUAAGAAUUCCAAAACAUGUGGCAAAUCCCAACAGGAUGGCCAGGAAGACUACGAGGGGAUGUACAACAAAAAGAUCAAUAGUCUGCGCAACGACUACAGUCUGACCAAGUAUCUCAAUCGACGCAAGAGUCAGCGGGAGGAGGCCUCCAAGGCUGGACAGGAUUCCCCAAAGGACGCAGUCGAACCACCCGAGUUCAGUAGCAGCAAUAAGAACCUGAAAGAGGUGGAUCUAGCCCAGUUUGAUGCCCUUUCCAUAAGCUCCCGUUCCAAUCGCAGCAGUGGUCAUCUUUCGGAGCGCACCAAGGAGAUGUAUCGCAAUGCCGGAGUGCCCGUGGGCAUAGCCUAUCCCCAGCGGGCGGCCAGCAGUUCCGGCGGAACUCCCACUGCCGGCGGAAAUGUACAGACCGUCUAUCGAUGUGAGAUCGAGCAGGCCCAGCUCACGGCCGGAAUGCAGAUUGCCAUUGGACUAAAGGAUCGCGCCAAGAAGGCCAAGGAUCUGAAGAAUGCGUGGCGUAAGUUUGUGACCAUGGCGGCUAACAAGUUUAGUCCCAGUCAAAGUCCAGCGCCAACUUAUGGCAGUAAGAACGCAGCUGGAUUCCUGGAGGAUGACAACAUAGCGUCGAUCAUCGAAGAUGCUGCCCAGUCCGCUGGAAUGGGGCAACCCGGUAGCCAAACCUACUAUGAGCAGCGUUUCGGACAACUGGACAGCGGCUACAUGAGCACCGAUUCCACGGAGCUGUACAAGCGAAACGUCUACGAUAGGUACAACUUUAAGAUGCUCUCUGGCCGGGGACAGAUCAUUCGAGUGGACACCAUCGAGGACAACGAGGAGGAAAGCGGUCCGAACGACAGCCGAUUCGAGGAUCUCGAGCAUAUGGUUUCUCCAAGUCACAGUCGUCGUUCGCCGGAAAACAUGGCUGCUAUAGCCCCUGGCGACCUAAGCGAUGCGGAUUCCGACAAAACCCUGACUCGAUCCCACUCCCAAUCGAAUUCGCAGGAGCACAAUGUGCGGGGCAGCACCACCACCAUGUCGUCCUACUCCUCGGAUGAAAACGGACGUGGUCGCAGCACCUGUUGCGGCUCCUCGGAAACGGACGAGGAGACCAACGCGGAGGACAUGUGGGAAUCCGGGGCGGAGAGCAUAGAAACGCACUCCGUGCUCUACAAAAUGAUUAGGAAAAGUUAGUUAAACAAGAUUAUAUAUAGCUAAUAGAAUAUAUAGCUAGUUUCUAGGGAUGUGCAAUACCAGAAGAAAGACUUCCGUUUUAAGAUUAAGCAACGCAAUAGCAACAACAAUCAGUGCAAUAACUCGGAGAUUCUUGCCAAACCACAAGGUGCAAUUUAGAUAGAUCUAAGCUAGCUGAUAAUCUUUAGAGUCUAGUAAAAAAAGAAAAACCCUUGGGAACUGCAUCCAAUACGCAAAGUGCAGGUACCAACUGAGAAGAGUGAACGGAAUGGAAACGAACCCAAGCCCUAAGAAAUCUAAGUGCAAUCAAUCAUCUUAUUAUAUCGUUUAGUAUCGUAACGGAUGCGUAUUGUGAUAAAUGUCAGCAGUCUUGGGCCGGAAAUGUGCAAUCUUAGUAUUAGUUUCAGUGUAAAUGGCUUAGAGUUAAGAUAUACGUAAUAAAACUUUAAAUUAUGUAGACUAAA